AUGGUUGUGAAACGAAAGAGAGAAACCACUGUGGUUUCUAAGCCCAAGGCCAAGGAAGACAGCCCUCCUCCAGUGGACAAUGCGCAGGACGUGUUCCGCAGAUUAUUCGAAGCACAAUUCGAGCCACUCGAUUUGCCAGGCCCUACCGCCAAAUCUACGAAUCAUGAAGAAGAAGAAAGCGAGAUCGGCGAUGACUCUGAUCUGUCGGAAUCAGAAGGUGAUUGGGAUGGGAUGUCCGAUAUCAGUGACGAGAGUAACCAAGUUGAGGUGGUCGAACACACGGACGCUUACGCGGCACCAGAAGACCGAAUGGACAAGAAGACUUGGAAAGCGUUUAAGAGCGGAAAACUGUUGUCCAACUUAGAUAAGCCGAGCACCGAGCCAGAGCCUACUUCCAAAAAAGAAGAAGAGGAAGACGCUCACGAAUCUGCGAACCUCAAACACGAUCUUGCAUUGCAAAGACUACUCAAGGAGUCACACCUUCUCGACUCCGCUGACGAUCUUGCUCCCACUGGAAAGAACCGUUUGAAGGCUUUGGACAUGCGCAUGCAAUCCCUUGGGGCUAAAACUUCACUCUAUGCGCAAAAUAAAAUGCCUACUGCACACCGACGAGGAAUCAAGGCUAAGGCCGAGUCAAAGGAAGAGAGACGUCGCCAGGAAGCCAAGGAGAACGAGCGCGGUGUUUCAGGAGCCUCUGUGGGCAAGUUCUCAGGAGGCACACUGAAUCUGAACAAGGACGAUAUUGCUCGCGUCCAGGCGUCAGGACGCCGGAUGAUGGGCGGGAGAGGAAAGGGCAAAACAAGAGGUGGCCGUGGUGGCCGUGGUGGUGGCAGAGGCGACAAACGCUAA